CAUCACAUUCUAUUUUUAAAUUUCUAAUUUCUAAAUUUAAAAUAUACAAGCCUUUUCAAAGGAUUAAAUAUACCCCCAGUCAUUGUUGUGUAAACUGUUAACAUCACUAAAUAUCGAUGGCCAUCGCUAUUUUCUUAUCAAUCCAAUAAUGUUAGUAUUUAUUUAUGAAAUUUAGAUAUAAAUCUUCACCCAACAGCACAAAUACACUAUAAUAUUUUUAAAUCUGCGUACAAAAUAUUAUUAUUAAUAAAUAAUCUCUUCUAUUAACAAAAGGAAAGAUAGACCAAAAGGUAGUUUCUUUAACAGAAAUAUUUCAUUUAAGUAUUUAAAUAGAUUAAAAUGUCGGAUUACGAAAGCGAAGGUAGUUACAGAGGUGGCAGCGAUAGUGAGGAAGAAUCUAAUGUUCAACGCAGAAAUGCUUCAAGUCGAAGUGUUAGUAGAAGUCGUUCGGGUAGUGCUUCUGAAGCUGAAGAAAAUAAUCAAGAAGAAGAUGUUGGCGAUGAACAAGAACCUGAAGGAGAAGACUUGAAUUCAGAAGAUGAAUAUGAUGAAGAAGAAGAUGAAGAAAAUGAUCGUCCUGGCAAAAAGAAAAAGAAAAAUGAACGUUUUGGAGGAUUUAUUAUUGAUGAAGCUGAUGUUGAUGACGAAGUAGAAGAAGAUGAUGAAUGGGAAGAUGGAGCAGGAGAAUAUGGUAUUGUGAGUAAUGAAGUAGACGAAUUGGGUCCAACUGCUAGAGAAAUUGAAGGACGUAGACGUGGAACCCUUUGGGAUUCCCAGAAUGAAGAUGAAAUAGAGGAAUAUUUACGAAAAAAAUAUGCUGAUGCUUCAGUUACAGUUAAACAUUUUGGAGAUGGAGGUGAAGAACUAGCUGAUGAAAUUACUCAACAAACACUUUUACCUGGUGUAAAAGAUCCAAAUCUCUGGAUGGUUAAAUGUCGUAUUGGUGAAGAAAAAAAUACUGCUUUACUACUCAUGAGAAAGUUUAUCGCAUAUCAAUUUACAGAUGAUCCAUUAAAAAUUAAAUCUGUUGUUUCACCUGAAGGUGUUAAAGGAUAUAUCUAUAUUGAAUCUUACAAACAAACUCAUGUGAAAUCAGCUAUAGAAAAUGUAAGUAGUCUUAAAAUGGGUAUUUGGAAACAACAAAUGGUACCAAUAAAAGAAAUGACAGAUGUUCUUAAAGUUGUCAAAGUUCAAACAGGCUUAAAAUCUAAACAAUGGGUUCGGUUAAAAAGAGGUUUAUAUAAGGAUGAUAUCGCUCAAGUAGACUAUGUAGAUUUAGGACAAAACAGUGUACAUCUUAAAUUAAUUCCUCGAAUUGAUUACUCUCGGCCUCGUGGUGCACUAAGAGCAACUACGGAUAUGGAAGCUUUAAAAAGAAAGAAAAAAAGACGUCCAGCUGCAAAACCUUUUGACCCAGAAGCAAUUAGAGCAAUUGGUGGAGAAGUUACUAGUGAUGGUGAUUUUUUGAUAUUUGAAGGAAAUCGUUAUAGUAGAAAAGGAUUUUUGUACAAAAAUUUUUACAUGAAUGCCAUUACCACUGAUGGAGUAAAACCAACAUUAUCAGAACUAGAAAAAUUUGAAGAAACUCCUGAAGGAAUAGAUAUUGAGCUACCUGUUUCUAAAGAUAAUGCAGCAAAUAGCCAAGCAAUAAGUGCUGGUGAUAAUGUUGAAGUCUGUACAGGUGAAUUAAUAAAUCUUCAAGGAAAAGUAUUAUCAAUUGAUGGUGACAUGGUUACAAUUAUGCCAAAACAUGAUGAUCUCAAGAUGCCCUUAGAAUUUAUGGCUAAUGAGUUAAGAAAAUUUUUUAAACAAGGUGAUCAUGUUAGAGUAGUUGGUGGACGUUAUGAAGGCGAUACUGGUUUAAUUGUUCGUGUCGAACAAAAUCGUAUUGUAUUAUUUUCUGAUGUCACAAUGCAUGAAUUAGAAGUUUUACCUCGCGAUUUACAAUUAUGUUCGGACAUGGCAUCAGGAGUUGACUCAUUGGGACAAUUCCAAUGGGGUGAUUUGGUGCAAUUAGAUCCACAAAAUGUUGGUGUCAUAGUGAGGAUUGAGCGUGAAAAAAUGCACAUAUUAAAUAUGGCUGGAAAGUUAGUAGAAGCAAAACCUCAAUCGCUUAACAAGAAAAAAGAACAUAGGAAUACUAUUGGUGUUGAUGCAUUAGGUAGCUCCAUUCAAAGAAAAGAUAUUGUUAAAGUUAUAGAUGGACCACAUACUGGAAUGCAUGGAGAAAUAAAACAUCUCUACCGUCAUCAUGCAUUUCUUUACUCCCGUCUUAUGACAGAUAAUGGAGGAAUUUUUGUAUGCCGUUUAAGACAUAUUGCCUUAGCUGGGAAUUCAACUAAUAAAGCUCUUAUUACACCUCAAAAUGGAUUUGCUUCACCACAAAUCACAUCUCCCAGACACACACCCGGUAGCCCAUUUGGUGCAGGUGGUGGUGGUGGACGUGGUAGUGGAGGUAGUGGUGGAGGAAAUAGAUUUAGUGGUGUUCGUAGAGAUAGAGACUUAAUUGGUCAAACUAUAAGAAUUACUGGUGGUCCAUAUAAAGGAGCUGUUGGUAUCGUAAAAGAUGCAACUGAAUGUACUGCAAGAGUUGAACUUCAUUCCUCUUGUCAAACCAUAUCAGUUGAUAGAAGAAAUAUCACUAUUGUUGGACAACAAAACAAGGAUGGAAGAUUAACAUCAUCAUACUCCAGGACUCCAGCUAAUGUAAUGAUGACACCUGGUUAUCGUGAAGGAGGCAAGACUCCAGUUCAUGGUUCAAUGACACCUAAUUAUGAAGCUGGUAAUCGAACUCCACAUUAUGGUAGUAUGACACCUUCACAUGAUGGAUCUAAAACACCUACUCAAGCAUGGGAUCCUGCAGCUGGAUAUACCCCUGCUAGGAUAACUGAUGCUGAUCUCGAAUACCCAAUGGAUCCUGGUACUCCGUAUGCACAAACUGGAUAUGGCUCAUCUGAUCACUCAUAUUCACCAUAUCAAGCAAUUUCUCCAUCUGGUGCUGGUUUUAAUAGUAGCAACUCUUAUAUUAAUACACCAAGUCCAUUAAAUACUGCUAGUCCACGUAGUAUUCAAUAUCAUCCAGCACCAUCGCCAUCUGGGUCUUAUGCCAGUUUAAUGACACCAUCAUCUGUAUCAUCUCCAGGACUUGCAGCUCCCUCUUUAACAUCAUUUGGUUUACCACCUGGUUGGCAAACUACUGAUGUUUAUGUUCGCAUAGCUGAUUCAGAUUUAGCUGGCCAAACUGGAAUUAUUAGAGAUGUUAGUGAAGCAACAUGUAGUGUUUAUUUACCAGAAGAGGAACGUGUAGUCACUAUUGAAAAUGAAAAUUUGGAACCAGUUAUGCCAAAGCCGAGUGAUUAUGUAAAGGUUCUUUGUGGACAAUACAGAGAUAGAACAGGCAACAUGGUGGCAAUAGAAGGAAGUGAAGGAGUAGUUUUGAUGUCAGAUGAAAAAAAUCCAUUACUUAUUCCAUUGUUACAUUUAUGUAGAGCAACUUAAUUGUAUUUUUUUUAAUAUUUGUAUAAAUGACUGUAGGCUCUUUGAAGAUUACUAUAUAUAAACAAUUAAAUUUAUAUACUAAAUACUUAAA